AUGCCCAAGCUGAUUGGUAAACUCCUACCUUGCUCAUCCUCCCAGGAUCCACAUAUUCGUGAGAAAGAUUGUGGCAGUGUGCAAGAAAUGGCAAAGUUUGAGUUUAAUAGGGUUGAUUUCUCUCGAAAGAUGAAGGACAUCAUAGAGAAAUUGCAGCUUGUGCGGAAGAAUGUUAAUGGCCUUUUGCAGAGUUGUGACCCUAGAAGUGUCUCAGACAUUGCCCAGUGUCGUCCUAUCACCAAGGGUCGAAUUGAUGAGCCAAAACUGUAUGGGAGGGACCGUGUCAUGGAUAGCAUUAUACAGAACAUCACCAAGGGUCAAUACGGUGACAAGGGUAUAACUGUGCUUCCGGUUGUUGGUUCAGGGGGAAUGGGGAAGACAACUCUCAUACAACACGUAUAUCGCAGCCAACAAGUGCAGGAACACUUUCCAGUCAUGAUCUGGAUAUGUGUGUCACUCCAUUUCAAUUUGGAUAAGGUGCUAGAGCAGAUUAAAACAUGUACCCCUGCAGUUGAAAAGGAAAAAAGUGGCAGUACAACUGAAGAUUUGAUUGAGCAAAGAUUAAAAUCUAAAAGGUUCUUACUUGUAUUGGAUGAUAUAUGGAAGAUUAAUAAUGGGAAUGACUGGGGAAAAUUAUUGUCGACACUCAAUAAAUCAAAGGAAAAGCGUUCCAUGAUUCUCGUCACAACUCGGUUUCAAGCAAUAUCAAAGAAGGUUGAAACACCUGGCCACUCAAUUAAGCUGAAUGGUUUAGAGUGUAAAGAGUUUAGAAAGUUAUUCCUUGCAUUUGUCUUUGGUGAUGAGCAAUAUCCAAGGGAUAAACAAUUUUUGCUUGAGACUGGAGAUAAGAUAAUGGAAAAACUAAAGGGCUCCCCUCUUGCGGCAAAAACGGUUGGUAGAUUACUGAGUAAAGACCUUAGUUUGCGUCACUGGAAAAGGGUCCUCAAAAGUAAAGGAUGGGAGAAGCAGAACGAUGACAAUGCAAUUAUGCCUGCCUUGAAGCUUAGCUAUGACUUUCUUCCUUUCCAUCUGCAACAAUGUUUUGCCUAUUCUGGAUUGUUUCCUGAAGAUUACAAUUUCAGAAGUGACGAGCUGAUCAGUCUAUGGAUUGGACUAGAUAUUUUGAAACCCAAUGGGCAAGACCAAAUAUUUGAAGACAUAGGUCUGAGCAAUUUAAAUGAGUUAGUCAUCCAUGGAUUUUUCAGAGAAGAGAAAACUUAUUAUGGUAUGCGUUAUGUUAUGCAUGACCUGCUGCAUGAUUUGGCAUUGAAGGUUGCAUCUCAUGAUUGUCUUAGUCUAAGUCUCCCUAGUGUUGGAUCAGUAGAGAUUCAGCCAACCACCCGUCACUUGUCUAUAAGCACAUAUGGUUUAGGUAAAUAUGAUGAAGUGUCUGAAUUGGGUAAUUGUGGAGAGGAUCUGAAAUGUCAGGUCUUGUGGUCUCUCAUUACCACCGGCGGCCAACUCAAGGAAUUAGAAGUCAGGGGCAGCCAUAGAUUUUUUGCUGAUUGGGAUCCCAAUCCCAGACGGGCUUUGGAGGAUGCUGAGGGAGGUGAAGAGCAGCAGACACAGAUUGUUUCAUCCACACUGCAUGAGCUCGGGACAGAUGACAUAGCAGGAUUUCUUGCUGCACCCGUCUGUAGAUUCCUCUCUUCCUCCCUCACCAAGCUGAAACUUCGAGGGAAUUGGUGUGAAGGGAUGGAGCGGUUCAGCAAGGAGCAAGAGGACGCCCUUCAACUCCUCUCCUCCCUCCAGGAACUUGACUUUUCAUGUUUCAAGGACCUUCACCAACUCCCUGCAGGGAUGAGCAACCUUACCAGCCUCAAGAAAUUAACAAUCUAUGAAUGUCCAGCCCUCUCAUCAUUGCCCAAGGAUGGCCUCCCCAAAUCACUGCAAGAGCUAAAUGUCGGAUUGUGCAGCAACCAGCAGAUAAGACAG